AAGAAAGGCUGACUUGCAGGCCCUCCGCGGCUUUCUAGUAGAAUCUCCAAAAGCCCCUCUUCCUUUUCGCCGGAUCUUCUUGUGCACAUCAUCGCAUAUCCCAAAGCAGAAACGCAAAAGAAACCAGCAAUCCAAGCACGCGGCUGGUGCGAAGCAGCCAAGGACCAACGAAGCGGGAGGGAGUUGACGAUGGGGCAGUGCGGAUGCUUCGGGGCGGCGCAGAAGGAGCAGCGGGCGGAGGCCGACCGCCUCGAGGCGCAGGAGGCCCGCGCAAGGGCCGCCGAGGCCGCCCAGAAGAGGCAGCAGGAAUAUGAAAAGUCAGCUGCUGGACGAGCAGCACGAGCACAGAUUAAAGCUAUGAAGGAGGCCAAGACAUCAUCAAACCAAGGAGAGCCGGUUCUGAAGUGGCAGAUGGGGUAAAUCAUCAUAUGUGUCCUUGCAACCUUCAGCGUGUAAGUUGUUGAUGGUGCGCGGAAGCUUGUUUUCUUUUGAUCAGGCGAUGCAGUUUGGUCACCUAACUCAUUUGUGAUUUUUGUCAGUGAAAUGUACAUCCUUUUAGUCACUGGUAUACACGCUUAUUCAGAGAGAGUGUAUGUAUUGCCCAAUCUGUCUUCUAGAAGUGUGUCGCGUGUUACUGUACAUUCUAUACAGUGGUGGUUGUCUGGCAAGGUAGGUAUUACUGGAGCAUGAUACCUGCAACUAUCCAGUGGGUUUUCUUUUUACCAAAGACCAGUCGUGUAGAUGUUCUUGUUGCAUUGAAAGUGUUCACUCUGCAUUUGGAAGUGUUCACAUUAUGAGAAGAUGGAAGAAAGGGAAGGAUUAUUCA